AUGCGGAUCCUCAGGUGUUGGUUUUGUUCCGGGCCUGUUUAUCCAGGUCAUGGGAUAACCUUUGUUAGGAAUGAUUCUAAAGAAUUCGUUUUCUGUCGGGGAAAGUGCCAUAAGGCAUUUAAGCAUAAACGGGCUCCCCGGAAGACCAAAUGGACAAAGACGUACAGAAAAAUGGCCAGGAAGGAGCUUAGUGAUGACUUUGCCCAGACUUUCGAACGGAAGCGAAAUACUGCUUUAAGAUAUAGUCGUGACAAUCUCUUGACGACAUGUAUGAGUUUCGAUUCUUUACUUAUGUCUGUAGUGAACGCCAUAAACUCCGUUGUCGCUAUCAAAAAUAAGCGCGAGAGCCUUUUCGUUACUAAGCGUUUGAAGGUAGGAGUGAAUCUUCGCAAGGAGGAGGACAAGAAUUUAGUCAAGACACAAAUGCACCUCAUCAAAGCACCUAACGGUACGUUUUAUUUCCCUACUUAUUUUUGCUCAUCCAGCUGCGAAGGAGAUUGA